AGUUUGGGUGGUGAUGACAGCGUUGAGGGUGAUGGUGACAGAGGCAGAUAUAGCGUGCUGAUGCGGUGCGCGUCGCAGUCGUCGCUGGACGAGUCGUCGCAGCGGCCGGCGGGCGGCGAGCCGGCGUACGACCCGCCCUCCGCGCACCCCGCGCGCCUGCUCGACGCGCUGUGUCGGCUACGGCAAGACAACACGCUCUGCGACGUCGUCAUACAGGCGCAGGCGGAGGGGGGCGCGGCGCCGGGGCCGGGGGUGGCGGCCCACCGCGCCGUGCUGGCGGCCGCCUCCCCGUACUUCCUCGCGAUGUUCACGCAGUUCGAGGAGCGCACGCAGCCCACCGUCACCAUACAGAACAUCGAGCCCGAAGCCCUGGAGGCCAUAAUCGAGUACGUGUACACCCCGGAGUCGCUGGAGAUCACGGAGGACAACGUGCAGAGCCUGCUGGCGGGCGCGUCCCUGGUGCAGGUGUGGGGCGUGCGGGCCGCGUGUUGCGCGUUCCUGGCGGCCGCGCUGCAGCCCGACAACGCGCUGGGCAUCCGCGCCUUCGCCGACCACCACGCCUGUGCAGACCUGGCGCACGCCGCCGCGCGGUACAUCGACGCGCACGCCGCGCAAGUACUGGAGUCCGAGGAGUUCCUCGCGCUGGACACGGACGUCCUCUGCCAGCUGCUGGACAGCGACCGAAUUACGGUCCCCAACGAAGAAGUCAUCCUAGAUGCCGUAAUCCGAUGGAUGCAGCACGAUCCCGAGAAACGGUGUUCGUCGCUGGGCGCAGCGCUGGAGCACGUGCGGCUGCCGCUGCUGCCGCAGGAGGUGCUGGUGGCGCGCGCCGCCGCCGAGCCGCUGCUGUCCGCGCCCGUCAGGGUCAAGUCGCGCUGCGCGGCCGACCGAAUAGUCGAUCGGAGCGCGAGACGUCGUUCGGGGAUGAACCAGGAGGAAAACUGUCUAGGAAACGGGCGGAAACAGUUGAAGCAGAAAAAAUCCCCCGCGAACGUCGACCCGGACCUCCGCCUCGAGCGCCGCUCUUUAAGCGAUCUCGUGCAAGGUUUCCUCCGAGCCCCUAUAAUUUUUGAAACCUGGUCCCGGUCGCAGGACCUGGUGAUCGAGGCGCUGUCGUUCCACCUGUCGGGGGGGGCGGCGCGCGCGGACGCGGCGGCGCGCUGCCGGCGGGCCCGCCCCCGCGCGGGGGGCCGCGGGGGGGCGCUGCUCGUCGUGGGGGGGCAGGCGCCCAAGGCCAUCCGGGAGAUCGAGUUACUUUUAAAUUUAAAAUCGCCCCUCCUAAGGAUUCAAAAAGUAAAACCCGAUCGAACGUCCGUCGACGAUCUUCCGGGGAAGGAAAAGGGAAAUAUGGGAAUCUAUCGAAUGAGAAAAUCGGGGCGUGUUUUUGUAAAUUUCUUACCUUUACGUUCGCCGGAGCCUAUUUACCGGGGGCCCGUUCGCUGUUUCAUCGAAGCCAUCUCGGAGCAGGAGAGAGUCAUUACAUUGUACGGAACGCUUGCCACCGCAGACGGAGGUGCUGGCGCUGGAGGGCGCGGCGUGGGGCGGGUGGGGCGGGGGCGCGCGCGGGGGCUGGCGGGGGGCGGCCCCCCUCCCCGCGCGCCGCUGCCGCGCCGGCCUGGCGCGCCACCACCACGCCGUCUACGCCAUCGGCGGGUUCAACGGGUCAGUACCCCCGCACCGAUAAAAUUAACCUCUGAUACGGCUCGAACGUCGAAUCCUAGUUUCGAUCGGACGAACGUAUUACGAUCAGAUCCGAUAGCCUCCGACGAGGAAGCUAGCGACGGCCAUUCCGAUCACGAAUAUUUUGACGGAGCGACGAAUCGACCUCUCGAUUUCCGCGAUCGAAUCGGCCUCUCGAUUGUGCGCAGGUCGCUGCGCGUGCGCAGCGUGGACGUGUACUGCGCGGCCACGGACGCGUGGGCCCCGGGCCCCGCCCUGUGCGCGCGCCGCUCCACGCUGGGCGUGGCCGCCAUCGGGGACGUCAUCUACGCCGUGGGCGGCUUCGACGGCGUCACCGGCCUCAGUUCGGCGGAGGCGCUGGACCUGGCGGCGGCGGAGCCGGCGUGGCGGCCCAUCGCCAGCAUGGCCACGCGCCGCUCCAGCGUGGGCGUGGCCGCGCUGGGGGGGCGCCUCUACGCCGUGGGGGGGUACGACGGCGCCUCCCGCCAGUGCCUGCACUCCGUCGAGAGGUACGACCCGGCGACGGACCGCUGGGAGCCGGUGGCGGCCAUGAGCGCGCGGCGGUCGGGGGCGGGGGUGGGCGCGGUGGGGGGCGCGCUGUACGCGGUGGGCGGCCACGACGGGCCCGCCGUGCGCCGCUCCGUGGAGCGCCUGCGGCCCGGUGCGGGCGCGGGCGAGGCGGCGUGGGCGCCGGCGCCGCCGAUGCACUCGCAGCGGCGCAACGCGGCCGUGGCGGCGCACCGCGGGAAGCUCAUCGUCGUCGGCGGGGACGACGGCGCCGCCAACCUCGACACCGUCGAGGUGUUCGACCCCGCCACGGAGCAGUGGACGGUGCUGAGCGAGCGCAUGUCGGUGGGCCGCUCCUACGCGGGCGUGUGCGUGGUGGACUGGCCCGCCUGAUGCCGCGCCCCCGCGCCGCCCCCGCGCCCGCGCCCCCCGCGCCCCGCCCCCGCGCCCGCGCCCGCGCCGCACCACACGUGAGUAUGGGACACAGUGUCAAAUAUAUUGCAUCAACGUGUAAGAUAUAACUAAUAUAGCCCCGUGCACGGUUGCGGUCGCGCAGGUACGCCAACGUGCGCGCGGUGGGGGCGGUGGGGGCGGGGGGCGGGGCGGGGGGCGCGUGGCGCGCGCUGCUGGCGUGCCGCCCGCCCGUGCUGCUGCAGGUGAGCGACCGAUCUGCUAGCUUCCAUUAUCGCUUUAGACGCCAUCUUUAAAGGGACUUCAGGAA